AUGAGUGCAUCUAGUUUAGUGCAGUUCCUAAUAAAGACCGUCCACUUUCUUCAGUUCACGGGAGAUGAGGCGGCGAGAUGGCUCAAGUGGUUAGAGCGCGAAUUUACUGACCGGAAGGUCCGUGGUUCGAAUCCGACCUCCGCCACUCGACUUCCCCUGUCUAGGCUUGGAAGGAAGACACGGAAAGAAACUGCGAAUCACCUAAGCUAUCUAACUGUUGACACCAUGAAUAAAUAA